GUGCGUGCACGCGCUCGCGCCCACCACGGUCAAUCGAGGUGUCGGGAGAGCGUGUGCAUGCGCACAACCUAUCGAUGUGAUGGCCGUUAGAGGAAGUGGGUCUGGUGUGGCCGCGCUUCUGUUCGACCUGGAUAACACCCUAAUCGAUACUGCCGGGGCCGGGAGACACGCGGGGCAGCAGGUCAAGGAUCUAUUAAUAACACAACAUGGUUAUGAAGAGUCUGCUGCUCAUUUCGUUAUUGAGAAGUUUUAUAUGAAGUUGGAGAAUGGGCAUCCUGAUUCCUCUAUGCAGAGAGAUAUUGAUAAAGAGCGCGCAUUACUUUUUGAAUUAGCUAUACAAGAAACAAAUGGGACUAAACCAGACAAGGGUUUGGCUGCUGAAUGUUAUUUUCUGUGGAAAAAUACAAGACUCGAACAUAUCCACAUUCCUGUUGAGGUGAAGGCCAUGUUGAGGAAGCUACGUCAGUCCUACAAGUUGCUUUUACUAACCAAUGGGAGUUCCUCGGUACAAAGGGAGAAGAUUAAAGUCUGCCAAUGUGAGAAGUACUUUGACAUAAUAGUUGUAGGUGGUGAACAGCAGGAACAGAAACCAGCUAGUUCUAUAUUUCAGGAAUGUUUCAGGCUCUUGGAAGUGAAGCCUGAUGCAUGUGUGAUGAUUGGUGAUGAUCUAAAGACUGAUAUUCAAGGUGGGGUGAAUGCUGGUGUGAGAGCAACUAUCUGGAUAAACAACAAUAAUCUAAAACCUGACGCACACAAUGCAGUGCCUGACUAUACUGUUAAAACGGUAUUAGAAGUUAAGGAUAUAUUGGAAAACAUUAACCAUAAAGUUUAACUAGGAACAAUAUACUCCCUCUAUAUACUUUCCCUUUUUAAAAUUAUCUUUAAAGUUUAAAGAUUAUGCAAAUUUAUUUUACUUUAUAUUUUAAAAGUUCAUAUUUUCUAGUAUUUAGGAUUUUAAGCUGCAGAAUUGUGAUGUCUGAAAUAUCUUCUCGCCUGAGUAAAGGUGAGACCCUAGAUUCUAGCUGAUGUCAAGCAGACUACAGGUUGCACAUUGUCCAUCUUCCUGUAACCAUGUUGCCAAUGUUACCUUUCAGCUCAUCCUUCACUGAGAACAGGAUUAAAAUAACUGAUAGUAUCUAUGAUUGGUAGAUUAUUCAAUGAUCAUCAAUAUCCUUAUCAAAUGAUGAAUAGAAAUUCAUGUGAUUUUUUUUCCUUUAAAAAUACCCUCAAAUUGACAAUAAAUUAUUUCACAAUUAUUUCAAAUGU